UAAUAUAUUUAAUAUUGAAUUGAAAUGCAAUUCAAAGUGAUAUCACUUUUAUAUUAAACACAUUGUUUUGUCACAUAUAUGAAGACAUGGAUCAAGAGUCAGAUAAGUUGAUAACACUUAACCAACAGUUAAGACACAAGACAUCAGAGAUGGAGACAAUGAACAAAACAAUUGAAACACUAGUCAACGAUAAAGAGAUUCAAAUGAAAGAUAUUAACCAAUUGAGAGAAGAGCUGAAGCUAUUGUCGGCUAAACUUUUAUUACAUGAAAAUGUUGUCAAUUGUGUGACCAAUUCGGUCGCAACACAAACGGAUCUGACAUUAAUUGAUAGCCAACUAAAUGUUUGUAUCAAUUGUCAGAAACCGAUGAACUCAAGCAACGAUUGGCGACAAAACUCGCAAAACAAGAAUACAAAAAUCAGUGAUUUAGUCCGCGAGACAGCUCAGGAAGUCGUGGCCAACAAUGACUAUGUUUACGAUGAAAAGUCUAAAACAUAUUACAGCCGCAGCACCGGAUGGUAUUACUAUCCCGAGUCGUAUCUCUUUUAUGACCCGAACUCUGAAAACUAUUAUAAAUACGAUUCCGACAAAAAAGAGUAUAUUUUUUAUUCUUCACUCAAUCAGAAAAAUGACAAAAAAGAUGUUUUGAAAGCUCCCAAAGCAAAGAAAAUUAAGAAAGAUUUACAAACAGAAGAUACAAAAUUAGAAGUAAUCUAUGUUUCCUCUGAAGAAGAAGAAGGAGAAAUAUUAGACUCGGAAGACAGUUCUGAUGACAAUUCUGAUGACAGUAAUAAUGUUAAAUUAAGUCCACCAUUAGUUAGGAUGAUUGUGAAGCAGUCAUCAACUUUAGAUAUCGGUAGUCUAUUAUUAGUUACUUGUAUGGGCGCUAAAAUUGGUAACGAAGCCAACUGUGAUGUCUGGAUCACUGAUGAAACAGUCAGUCGGACUCACGCUGAGAUUAAAUAUGAUUACAAAUUAAAUAAUUAUAUGAUGAAAGAUCUCAACAGUACUAACGGGACGUUUAUUAAUGGCGAGAAAUUAGAGACAAAUACAGAGAUGAUUGUUAAACAUAGCGACGAAAUAACAUUUGGUGAAUGUGUGUUAUUAGUGCACAUUCAUUACGGCAAAGAUGUGACCUGUGAUCGAUGCGAACCCGGCCUCGUAAUGGCCAACUUGAAGUCAGAUCAACAAAAUAAUUGCAACAAUUACUAUGAAGUGACCGAUAAAGAGAAAGAUCACAAAAAACAAUUAAAAUUACUUAAGAAGAAAUACGGUCUUAAAAAUGUUGACUAUUGUGAACAAAAAGUAUCAGUUAUUGUAAACACUAAUUAUAAGGAUAGGGCAGAAAUGAGACGCAUUGAGAAGGGAAGUGACAAUCCUUACGAAAAGACAGCCGCCGGCACUUCACUCGAUACUGCGCUAUCGAAAUCCAAUAAAGGUUUUCAAAUGUUGCAAAAGAUGGGUUGGAAGAGAGGAAAGGCACUCGGAAAGCAUGAAAACGGCAUAAUUGAACCGGUUAAUGUAAUUACUAACAACAGUAAUGGCCAAUCAUUACAUAAAAAUGAUAUUUGA